UCGCCCACAACGGUUCGCAGACGCGCACCUUUUGGUUGUUUUCGUUUUUUUUUUUUUUUGACUAGGCAAGAUAUUGUUUAUAGUUGCAUUAAUCCACUGUAGAUAAUGUCAGAUUCUGAAAUAAAACUUGUGGAUAUAGAGGCUAGCCAACCGCAGGAACAUCAUGAGCUCCAAUUGGUUAGCACCAGCGACAUACCCAGUCUGGAUAGUACACCGAAACUAUCCAAAAGGAAUAGUUCAGAACGCAGCUUACCUCUGAGAAGCUACAGCAAAUGGUCGCCCAGCGAGCAGGGCGCCACUCUGGUAUGGCGCGACCUUUGUGUCUACACAAAUGUCGGCGGAUCGGGCAGGAAUAUGAAGCGUAUUAUAAACAACUCUACAGGAGCCAUUCAGGCGGGUACAUUGAUGGCCCUAAUGGGGGCCAGUGGCUCGGGCAAGACAACGUUAAUGUCAACACUUGCCUACAGGCAGCCAGCUGGCACUGUGGUUCAAGGUGAUAUCUUGAUAAAUGGUCGUCGGAUUGGUCCAUUUAUGCAUCGUAUUAGCGGUUAUGUCUAUCAGGAUGAUCUCUUCAUUGGCGCCCUCACCGUAAUGGAGCAUCUCAAUUUUAUGGCCCACCUGCGUUUGGAUCGUCGUGUUUCGGGUGAGGAGCGACGUUUGAUUAUCAAUGAGCUGCUGGAACGCACGGGAUUGAUAUCGGCUGCCCACACACGCAUCGGGAGUGGCGAUGACAAGAAGGUUCUGUCGGGGGGCGAACGCAAACGCUUGGCCUUUGCCGUGGAGCUGCUAAACAAUCCGGUCAUACUCUUCUGCGAUGAGCCCACCACCGGACUGGACUCGUUCAGUGCCCAACAAUUGGUAGCCACGCUCUAUGAGUUGGCCCAGAAGGGAACCACCAUAUUGUGUACCAUCCAUCAGCCGAGUUCCCAGUUGUUUGACAACUUCAAUAAUGUCAUGCUAUUGGCCGAUGGGCGGGUGGCCUUCACCGGAUCCCCGCAGCAUGCGUUGAGCUUCUUUGCCAAUCAUGGCUAUUAUUGCCCAGAGGCGUAUAACCCAGCUGAUUUUCUAAUUGGUGUCCUGGCCACUGAUCCGGGCUAUGAGCAGGCCUCGCAGAGAUCGGCUCAGCAUUUGUGCGAUCAGUUCGCAGUGAGUUCGGCGGCCAAGCAGCGGGAUAUGCUGGUGAAUCUGGAAAUUCACAUGGCUCAGUCGGGUAAUUUUCCAUUCGAUACCGAAGUCGAGUCUUUCCGCAGUGUUCCCUGGUAUAAGCGUUUCCAUGUCGUCUGGCUGCGAGCCACUUUGACCCUGCUAAGAGAUCCGACCAUCCAAUGGAUGAGAUUCCUACAGAAGAUUGCGAUGGCCUUUAUCAUAGGCAUUUGCUUUGCCGGCACUACCGAGUUAACCCAAUUGGGUGUACAGGCCGUACAGGGUGCCUUGUUCAUAAUGAUAUCGGAGAAUACGUAUCAUCCCAUGUAUUCGGUAUUGAAUGUAUUCCCUCAGGGAUUCCCUCUAUUCAUGAGAGAAACACGUUCGGGUCUCUAUUCAACGGCCCAAUAUUAUGUGGCAAAUAUUUUGGCCAUGUUGCCCGGAAUGAUAAUUGAACCUUUACUCUUUGUCAUCAUUUGUUACUGGUUAACGGGUCUGAGGUCUACCUUCCAUGCCUUUGGCGUCACAGCAAUUUGUGUGGUUUUGGUUAUGAAUGUGGCCACGGCCUGUGGUUGCUUUUUCUCCACUGCCUUCAAUUCUGUGCCCCUGGCCAUGGCCUAUUUGGUGCCACUUGAUUAUAUAUUCAUGAUAACAUCGGGCAUCUUUAUUAAAAUUAGUUCCUUGCCGUUGGCCUUUUACUGGACACAGUUUCUCUCCUGGAUGCUAUACGCCAACGAGGCCAUGACAAUUGCCCAAUGGUCUGGAGUGCAAAACAUCACUUGCUUCGAGGAGAGCGCCGACUUGCCAUGCUUUCACACCGGCCAGGAUGUCCUGGAUAAAUAUAGCUUCAAUGAGGAUAAUCUGUAUAGGAAUAUAUUGGCCAUUAUGGGUCUAUAUUUAGGCUUCCAUCUAAUGGCCUACUACUGUCUGUGGCGACGAGCCCAUAAAAUUUAAACAUAAAAGA